AUGCUGGGCGAGAAGGAGAAGGACAUUUUGCCGUACGCCAUCUCGAAGGAGCACAUCGUGCGCCGUGCGCCCACUUUUGUAGCUCUUGGACUUGUGGCCCUUGGCUGGUUCCUGAAUGAAGUGGUCUGGUGGAUCCACGAACGAGUACCCCGAAAUGUCGACCCGCUCCCGGAUAUGUGGUUUUCCUGGUUUCCGGAGGUCCGCGGCGCCAUCCGGAUAACCGAAUACAUCAUGCUCAUCUUGGUCAUUAAUGCCUUUAUCAUUGUGUUCUGCCAUCAGCAUAGGUGGAUCGUUGCUCGUCGAGUGUUCUUUUGCGCGGCCGUUUCCUAUUGCUUCCGAGCAUUCUGCGUCACUAUUUUCCAGGUUCCCGUCCCAUCGGUGAACACCUAUUGUGCCCCAAAGACGGCUGGAGGCUGGGAAAUUGUUGCUGGCCGCGUCGCCCGCAUGUUCUGGUCAGCUGGCAUUGAGCAGCUACGGCCACGUGAGCUCUGUGGAGAUCUGAUCGUCUCCGGGCACACGCUGACCAUCUUCACGUCGCUGUUCACCUUCAAGCACUACGCGCCGAAGAAGCUGAAGCCGGUCGGGUACCUCUUCCACGUGCUUGCAUUCUGCGCCAUUGCUUCGAUCCUGCUGGCGAGGAAGCACUACAUGAUCGACGUUGUGUUGGGAUACACCGUCUCGUCGCGCGUGUUCAUGGAGUACCACUCGCUGGCCCUGUCCUACCACGAGAACCAGCUGGAGCGCAAUUUGCUGUCGUGGAGCUUCUGGAGCCCGAUUGUGCCGUAUUUCGAGCAGGACGCGCCCCACCCGCAGCACUUCCUCAACCGACUCGAAUGGCCAUCCAGCUGUGCCAAGCGCAUCAGCAAGCUCAUCAGC